AUGCAGUCGGCCAAGGUCGCAGCUGAGAGUGAUGUUCCCCAAGGCUCCGUCAUUGGGCAUAUUUUAGUAGGUAUUUACAUCAACGAUUGUGUCCGGCAGCUGGAUUGCGGUAUCGUCAUGUUCGCCUGUGAUAUAAAACGUUGGCGCAUCAUUCGAAUUGCCGUUGUCGAAGAUAACUUGCAGGCAAAUAUAAAUCGGCUCCAAAAAUGGUCGAAGGACUGCCGUUCAAUGAGAGCUAUGAAAGGAGUGGACGCCCAGAAGGACUUUGGACUCUGGAUCACGCCCCCGCUUAAACCUUCCCUGCAUUGCGCGAAGGUAGCGAAGUCUGCUUUGUCGGUUAUGUACCUCGUCAAACGAGCUGUUCCUGCCUUUCAUGGCGAUGGCUUCACAAAAGACUUUGGAACCUUCGUACGACCGCAACUAGAAUCCGCCAUCCAAGCUUGGGGGCCCUGGGCGGCGAAAGACAUUAACAUCGUCGAAAAGGCUCAAAGGCGUGCAGCCAAACUUGCGAACUCUGCAAUCAGCAAGGGAGCAUCUGCCGCAGUCGAUGAUGAUCCCAGUGACUUCCACCCACUCCCAUUGUUCCCUCCCGCCCUCCAACUAUGUUCCACCACAUGGCACAAGUCAGCUGCCCUCGGCAAUAAACUGAGAUACUAUUCCCGAUCAAUGAAAAAGUUCGCGUUCAAGGUAUCUGCCUGGUUAAAGAAAAAGAGGAGUCGCGUACAGGAUCGAUUGAUUUAUUGUCCUGAGCAUUCGAAAUCUCACAGGGGUCCAUCUUCAGAGAGGUAA